AUGUUGAAAUCAUCAUUAACAAGAAUAAAUAGACCAUCUACAUUAAUAGCUCAGAGAUUCAUAGCAAGUAAGGAUUUAACUCCUAAAGAUUUACCAACUAAUUAUCCAUUAAUGUCAGAUAAAACUGCUACUUCACCGAUAGAUUAUGCUUUAACUUCAUUAGAUACAAUAGCAAAUUGGGCAAGAAAAUCUUCAUUUUGGCCAGUUACUUUUGGAUUAGCUUGUUGUGCUGUUGAAAUGAUGCAUGUUUCAGCUCCAAGAUAUGAUCAAGAUAGAUUAGGUAUUAUUUUUAGAGCUUCACCACGUCAAUCCGAUAUUAUGAUAGUUGCAGGUACUUUGACAAACAAAAUGGCUCCUGCUUUAAGACAAGUUUAUGAUCAAAUGCCAGAUCCAAAAUGGGUUAUAUCUAUGGGUUCAUGUGCAAAUGGUGGUGGUUAUUAUCAUUAUAGUUAUUCAGUUGUUAGAGGUUGUGAUAGAAUUAUACCUGUUGAUAUUUAUGUACCUGGUUGUCCUCCAACUGCUGAAGCAUUGAUGUAUGGUGUUUUUCAACUUCAAAAAAAGAUGAUGAAAACAAGAAUAACUCGUUUAUGGUAUAGAUCUUAG